AAAUGUGUUUAAUUGAGUUUGUAUGUGGAAUAGCAAUACUUUCUACUCAAUCAUCUCAGGUUGAAGCACAAGAGUCUUUCAACCUUUGCACAAGUGCGUCUACCUGUGAUGAUUGUGUCAAUGCUGCUCACGCAUGUGCUUGGUGUGGAUCACCGGACUACUUUUAUCAGAGGUGUAAUUUGCACGAGUCGCAGAUGAGCAACGGCUGUCCAGCAAAAUACGUGUUCAAUCCGGAGAAUGUAGUAGAUGUGGCCAAAGAUAUUCCUGUGGGGUCGAAGCCAGAUGGAUCCGCUGUAAACAUUCAGCCACAGCUAGUCAAUCUCAAAUUGCGUCCUGGCUCUACUGAAAAGUUCAACGUGACUGUGUAUGUUUCGAAAAAUUACCCCGUCGAUCUGUACUAUCUAGUUGACAACACUGUCAGUAUGAUGGAUGACUUCGUGAACUUGGCAACCUUGUCAGAUCAGUUGAUAGCGGAAAUGGUGGCACUCACUCAGAACUUCCACCUGGGCCUCGGAACUUUCAGCGACAAGCCGCUCAAGCCCUGGAUUAUGACAGACUUCUACACCAAGAAACCAAUUGCUCUCUGUGACGACUGCGCUAUUCCCGAUGUGUUCCGACAUCGGCUGAGUCUUGGAAACAUUUCAAACGAUGAGUUUGCCGUGAAGUUGAAAGAUGUGAGCUUCGCUGCGACUAUCGAAGACACAGAAGCAUCUUUGGAAGCCAUGCUGCAAGUGGUAGUUUGUCAAGAUGUGAUUGGCUGGCGGAAAAACUCGAAGAGAAUUCUUCUCGUAUCCACCGAAUCGAUUGCUCACUUCUCGGGUGACGGGCUAUUCUCGGGUCUGUUGAGUCAACACGACGGAAACUGUUACACUAACUCGGAAGGAGUUUAUUCGGCGGCGGAACAUCUGGACUUCCCUAGCGUGGAGACUUUGCAUUACAAGUUGAAAGAAAGUCGCAUUCAGACUGUUUUCGCUAUUCCAGAUUAUCGCAAAGAUUACUACGAGGAGCUGGCGAAAGUACUGCCGAUGACCAUCGUAGCUGUGAUGGCCGAAGACUCAAAAGAUUUGGUGAAGGUUGUGGUGGAUAGUUUUACUAAGAUUGCUAAGAUGGUUCAGCUGUCCUUUGUGGACACCCAGCCAGACGAAAAACUGGCAGUUAACUUCACUGCUUACUGUCCCAAUGGAGAAGUGAAACCGGGAUCGACGAUGUGUGAAGAUGUGGACUUUGACAGUAGUGUCAUAUUUGAAGUGAGUGUGACGGCGCCUCUGAAUAGAUAUUUCUACUCCUCUUUCUCCCUAGCACAGGAGAGUCUGGAGCACUGGUCCACCCUGCGUGUCAAUGUCCAGAGUGUAACGGAAGGGGGCUGUGAUUGCGAUGAUUCUGUUCUCUAUCCGCCGCCAAACAAGCUACAAGGAGAAGUGUGUUCGAAUCACGGAGACCUAGUGUGUGGUGGGUGUGUGUGCAAUAGUGGCUUCUCAGGAGACCACUGCCAGUGUGCCCAGGACUCCCCAGUCAACAUCUCCCUGUGCCAGUCGCCAGCAUUGGGAAUAUCUCUUCCCUGCUCUGACAGAGGCUCAUGUGUAUGUGAUGGGUGCAAGUGUGCAGUCCCCCCUCUGGGUCCGGAAAUCACGAGCAGUCUCAAAGGCACCACUCCUAAAGUGUUUGGACAGUUCUGCCAGUGUGACAACUGGAGUUGUCGAAAGUACAAUGGACUCGUAUGUGGUGGAUUAGAGAGAGGAGUUUGUGAGGGCUGCGACACCCCAGGUCCUUCGUGUGUGUGCAAAGAGGGUUAUGAAGGGAAGGCGUGCGAGUGUCCAGUGUCCACUGCCAGUUGUAUGGCGGAGAGUAGUGGCAAAAUAUGCAAUGGCCAGGGCGAGUGUGUGUGCGGACAAUGCAGAUGUUUCCCAAACAGCAGAUACAGGGGCGAUACUUGUGAGCAGUGCUUCAACUGUCCCAACAUCCACUGUGAGCCGAGUGAGGAGUGUGUGGUGUGUGCCUACAAGCACAGGGGGGAGAUCAGAGAGAGACAGGGGAAGUGGGAGGAGGAGAUGAGGAGGUGGGCGAGAGAAAAUGGAACACGAGAGGGAGGAGUGGACCACAUGGACGAAGAGUGGAGUGAUGACUUCGCUUGGCGAUGGAAUAACAGUGUGUGGCAGGUCGUACAGGAGCAUUGUUUAGAGGAGUGCAGAAAUGUGGCGGUAGUCAUUGUAGAUGAAGAGAGCGAAGGGGAGGGGAGGGAACAAUGUCUGGCGGAAGAUGAGGAUGACUGUUCCUACUUGUUCUAUUACUUUCCACCCACUCAUAACUGGCCGGGAAAUGUCACUAUUGGGAACAGAGAAGGUGUAUGGGAAUGGGAUGAGGAUAACCUGGACUCGGAUCUGAUUAUCUGGAACAAGAAAUUUGGCUACCCAGCACAUUUGGCACGAGUGGAGAUAGUGAAAAAGUACUGUGAUGAUCCUCUAAUUCUCAUAUUGGUGAUACUCUUCAUUAUACUUGGAAUCCUCCUCAUCGGGAUAUCUCUUCUGGUCGCGUGGAAGAUAAUUGUCACUAUCCAGGACAGACGAGAGUUCGCAGAGUUCCAGUCGGCUCUCAAACAUGCGGAUGUGAAACGCAACGAGAACCCAAUGUUCGUGAAGCCAACUCAGACUGUGAACAACCCGGUGCACGACCACUCAUCGACCAGCGCCAGUGGGGGCAGAAGGCGCAGUCUGAGACUUCGCUAAGAGUGUAGCAGAGGCUCCAUGUCAUCCGAUCACCAUGGAGGCGUAGUUCAUGUAUGUGACCUCCUGUGACUCCUUUUGUCCUGAUGUCUCUGAAUUGUCUUCUUGUCAAACAUUGUCUUGCCACUCCAGACUGGUUUCUGCCAGUCGUUCAUUUUACACACUUUUCUACUUCAUCUAUCCACAAAGAAGCUGCAACAAUCAUUGUUCAACAAUUCGUAUUUGCUAGUUGCGUUCGACUAUUCAAGCUAGUUUUGAUGUCAUAUAUGCGAUUAGAUCCUUAGCGCGCUGAAUUUCGUUGUUCCGACCCACCCAUUAACAAAAUACAUGCAGAAUAAGUUUUUAGAAAAUAAAUAUGCUACGAGGUUUGAUUUUCCGCGCUUCGAAUCUCCGUCUAAAUCCCUUCACUAAUUUUAUCUACGAAAUUCAAAUUCAGUAUUCAAUGCUGACAUUAUCAAUCAGUUCAAAGUUUGGUUAAAUUCUGCAUCUAUUCGACGAUUUUCUUUGUGAUGCUGCGAGGCAUUUAAGUUUUUAUGGUUUUUCUUGGCUGUACCCCAAAUACGAAAAAGUUCAUAGCAGUUACGUCAGAUGAUGUAAAAGUCGGCGCAAAUGUCUUACCUUUCGGCUCAUUUAUUACUGAAUUAGUUUUUAUUUAUCGUUUUUACUUCAGCUGGAUUUGCUGCAUGUUCUUUUCCGUGGUUAAUGCUCACAUUCGGUUUGGUAAAUGCGGUCUUUUUGCCGGACAUUAUUUUUAUCCAAAAGUGGGUACGAACUAGAUAAAAAUAUAACCGCCUAAGAUUUACAGGGCAAGCAACAACAAAGGGAAUUUUUCCGCAAAAAUUGACAAAAUGUCUUUGACUUAAAAGAAGCGGCUGACUUCUGGUAAUCAAUCAUGCAACAUGUAACCUGAAUAUGAUUUCGCACACGGAGAGGUUUUGGGGAAAUAAUUGAUUUGAAAUGAAAGGAAUUUAUGUCGACUUGCACACGCAAUGAUGUCGGAACAAAAAUCUUAAAUACAUGUAUGCACAUGAAGCAGUAGCGAUUCAGUUAAUAAUAAUUUGUACAAAUAUCAACUUGAUGUUCUAAGCAUUUAUUUAGAUUUAGCCACUUUGUCAUAAAUAUCAUUUCACAGACUUAAUUAAAUCAAUUCAAAUUCAAA